GUAUCAGGACCUUUUUGUACUUUUGCAACCUGCCCCUGUCUUUGCCCCGUUCGCACAACCCUCGUAUCUCUCUUGGCUCAUUGGUUUUGCAGAUCUAAAUCCAGUUACAAUUCAACAUGUUUUGGCAUCUUACAGCUCUCUCUGCUUCGUCACCGAUUGAGUCUAUCUUGGACAAAGAAAGUUUCACAUUGGAAGAGCUCUUGGACGAGGAAGAUGUCAUCCAAGAAUGCAAAGCUUUGAAUAGUCGCCUCAUCAACUUCUUGCGUGACAGAGUCCAAGUUGAACAAUUACUGCGAUAUAUCACAGAGGAGCCUCAAGCUGAUGCUGAUAGCAAACGAAUUUUCAAGUUCCCUUUCAUUGCUUGUGAGAUCUUUACAUGUGAAAUUGAUGUGAUCUUCAAAACUUUAGUGGAAGAAGAAGAGCUAAUGGAUCUACUUUUCUCAUUCCUGGAGCCAACCCGUUCCCAUAGUGCCUUGUUGGCUGGGUACUUCAGCAAGGUUGUGAUAUGCCUCAUGUUGCGGAAGACAGUUCCACUUAUGAAUUAUGUUCAAGUGCAUCAAAAUGUUUUCCAACAGCUGGUUGAUUUGAUUGGAAUUACAUCAAUCAUGGAGGUCUUGGUAAGACUUGUUGGAGCUGAUGAUCAUAUGUAUCCCGAUUCUGUGGAUGUGAUGCAAUGGUUAACAGAUAGCAAUCUGUUGGAGAUGAUUGUGGAUAAAUUAAGUCCAUCAAGUUCUCCUGAAGUACAUUCAAAUGCAGCAGAAACUCUAUGUGCUAUAACUAGAAACACAUCAUCUCCUCUUGCCUCUAAACUUUCUACCUCAAGUUUUGUUUCAAGGAUUUUUGGUCAUGCAUUGGAAUUGGAUGAUUCACAUUCAAAAUCUGGACUUGUGAACUCAUUGUCUGUGUGCAUAUCUUUAUUGGAUCCAAAAAGAUCAUUUCCUUCACCUCCAUUUUAUUCUUUUCGUGGUCAUCAUGUAUAUGAGUCACCUGUUCAAGUCAAUCAAGAAACUGUUGGAGCAAUGUUGCCUCAACUCAGUGACUUGUUGAAGUUGUUAAACGUGUCACUAGAUGAAAAAGUCUUGCCAACUACAUAUGGCCAGUUGAAGCCUCCUCUAGGAAAGCAUCGGUUAAAGAUUGUGGAGUUCAUUGCAGUUUUAUUGAAAACUGGAAAUGAAGUUGCAGAAAAGGAAUUAAUCAACUCUGGAACCAUACAAAGAAUUCUUGAUCUUUUCUUUGAGUACCCUUUUAAUAAUGCUUUGCAUCAUCACAUCGAGAGUAUAAUAUAUUCCUGUUUAGAAAGCACAAACAAUACUGUAAUUGAUCAUCUGUUUCAAGGAUGCGGUUUGUUUGCUAAGAUUCUUCAAACAGAAAAUAAUCCUUUCCUUUCUGGAGAACUUAAUCAGCCUACAUCACUGGCUUCCGGAAGAAAUCCACUCCGAGUUGGAAACAUCGGACACAUCACUCGCAUUGCCAAUAAAAUCAUGCAGUUGGGAAACACCGAUACUCGCAUUCAGAUGCAUAUUCAGGAAAGUAGCGAAUGGAAUGAGUGGCAAGCUACAGCUCUACAGGAUCGGAAUAUGGUUGAAAAUGUUUACAGAUGGGCUUGUGGGAGGCCAACUUCAAUUCAUGAUAGAAAUAGGGAUAGUGAUGAAGAUGACAUUCAUCAUGAUCGAGACUAUGAUGUUGCUGCUUUAGCAAAUAAUUUAAGCCAAGCAUUUAGAUAUAAUGUCUAUGACAAUGAGGAAGGUGAAGAGGGUCAUGGGACUCUCGGGCGUGAUGAUGAGGAGGGUUAUUUUGACAAUGAAUCUGCUGAAGUUGUGAUAUCAUCCUUAAGACUAGGUGAUGACCAAGGGAGCAAUCUGUUUACAAAUUCAAAUUGGUUUGCUUUCCAAGACGAUAAAAUGGGGGGAGACACAACCGCCACGUCACCGGAAACAAUGGACGAAAUCAACUUGAACGGGGCGGCAACCACCAAUGAGGAUCACGACGAUGUGGUGGUUGGCACGGAUGUCGAUGAAGAUUUUCUCAACACCAAAAAUUCCAAUAAUGCCCCUACCCGAAGCCCAAACCCAUUCAGUGAAGACUAUGUAGAAAACGAAGAAGAUCUGUUUGCAGACAGACCGAUGCCCGAAUGGGUAGGAUGGGAAGACCCGUCAAAUGUUGAAAUCCCGGUUCCGGUUCCUGGGUCCGGGGUCAACCCGUUUGAAGAAGAUUACAAUAAUACCCCUGAUGUUGACAUUCCAACACCAGUAGAAACGCCAACGCCAACGCCAACGCCAACGCCAGUGCCUUCGUUGUUUGAAGAAGAUGUGGAGUUUGUAGGGGUAGAAUUGGAAUUGGAUGGGUCGGAAAAGGCGAUGGAUAAGGCUCUCAAGGAAGGGAUUGUGGGGGAGGCGGGGGCGUUGAAAAGGAAAGUUGUACCUGGUGGGCCCGAGAAAGAGAAUGUUAGUGACCCGAAGGAGUUUAAUGAUACUCUACUACAAUUAAAUUUCAUUAAAUCAUGGUUUGGAUAGAUGAUAUCGUCAAUCGGUGUAUUGUAAGGUUGAUCUGGAUCAUGUAUUACUGAUAACAUGAGUUUUCAUUGAUAUGAUCAUGAUACGACGGUUUAGUCAUGUGAUUGUGCCUGUUGUCUUCUUCAAAUAAUUGAUAUAUCGUCUGUUUUUCGUCAAUUUUAUGCUUUAUGUUGAUUGAAUAAGUUUUUGAUUGUUAACAAUUGGCAACAAAGCAUGGGUUUCUGUAUAUUAAUUUUGAAGAAUCAUUGGCCUACUUUGGAUCCAAAAUUAAGAAAACUGGUUGAAAAUGAAACCAGGGUUGAGAUUGGUAUUCUCGUAAGAUUAGAUCCAAAAGCAAUCAAAAUGAGAUAUAAAGGAGAUUUGAUGAACAGAAACAAAGAAACAAAAAGUUGUCACAAGAGUGCUAUAAGAAGUUAUUGAGCGUUCAUCUAUCCAAUAAUAAGAAAAGCAAAGUGGAGGGAGUUGCAAAUAGCUGACAAUUUUCCAAAAUAUGUAUGUACAUUGUUUCUAACUUUCUCGUGGUGUUUUGAUUGCAUAUUUCUCUUUCCCUCAGCUCAUUUACAUUAACCACAUUUUCAGUCUUUGUAUUUUGUAAUAGUUGUUUGGGAUUGAGAGUUGAACUACUUUGUAAACCAAUUUUGUUGGGUG